AUGCAGGCCUCUGCCAGUGGGCGUUUGAGCCCGGAGGAGGUAGCUGCACUGAAGUCGAGGAAGCUAGAGCCUAUGAAUCUGGCGUGGCGCGGAGGGAAAAAGAUGCGGCGCAUGCCAGCAGCGGGCGGGCCGGGGUGUGGGCGGCACAAGCUGAGCUUCCAGCGGCUUGCAUUCGAACCCUCCCUCUCUGCCGUGCUUGCCCGCGCCGCUGCUGCCACCGCUGUCGCCGCUGCUGCUGCUGAUUCUGAUGAUGGGGAUGGUGGUGGUCGUCGUGGUGGUGGUGCUUCUCGUGCUUCUGCUGCUGCGGGUGGUGCUGGUACUGGUGUUGCUUCUGCUGCUGCUGCUGCUGGUGCUGCUGCUGUGGGAGGAGGAGGGCAAGAGAGAAGGACGGGUGGAGGAGGGGAGGGUGCUGCUGAUGGGUAUGCUGGGUUUGGGGAGCAGCAGCAGUGGGAGGAUCAUGAGGAGGGGAAGGAGGGGGAGGAGGAUGGGGGGUUGGAGAGAGAGAGGGAGAUGCAGAGGCGACUGCUGCAGCGGUUCCUGAUUAUAGAAGGGGGAGGGGCGGAGGCGGAGGGGGGGAAGGUGGAGGGGGGAGGGAUGGGUGAUGGGGGGAGAAAGGGUGAUAUGGCGGAGAAGAGCGCAGAGGGAAGGGGUGGGAGUGAGAGUGGUGGGCGGAAGGGGAGUGAGAUGGGAAGGGGUGACGGUGAUGCGGUCAUGAGCGAGGGGGGAGUUGGGGAAGAGGAGGAAGAGGGGGAAGUGGAGGAGGAAGAGGAGGAAGAGGAGGAAGAGGAGGAGGACGAUGGGUUGAACAUCAAUCUGACAUGGAUUGGGGGCACGGAUGGUGCAGCAGAGGGUAAGCGGGGGCAGAGCUUAGCAGGGAUGAAAGGGGUAGAAGAGAAAGUGGGUAGGGAGAAAGGUGUAAAAGAGGUGGUGGUGGAAGGAAAAGUGUUUGGGGAGAAGACAGGGGAGGGGGGGUCGCGAUGGGACAGGCUGUUUGCUGUUGCUUCGUGUGAUGUGGAGGAGGAGGAGGAGGAGGAGGAGGAGGAGGAGGAGGAGGAGGAGGAGGAGGAGGAGGAGGAGGAGGAGGAGGAGGAGGAGGAAGAGGAGGAAGAGGAGGAAGAGGAGGAAGAGGAGGAAGAGGAGGAAGAGGAGGAAGGGGGUGUAGAGGAGGGGAAUGGGGAAGAGGGGAAUGAGAGAUGGCAGAAAAAUUGGGGAAGGUCAAAUCUGGAGGGAGAGAGCAUGGAAGAGGAUAUAUUGGAAGAAGAUGAGUUGGAGGAGAAGAGAGAGGAGGGUGAGGAGAGUAAGGAGGGUGAGGAGAGUGAGGAGGGUGAGGAGAGUGAGGAGGGUGAGGAGAGUGAGGAGGGUGAUGAGAGUGAGGAGGGUGAGGAAGAAGUAGGGGAGGAGGAGAAAGAAGUCAAGAGGAUAAAGGUAAUGAAAGCAGGAGAGGAGCGAGGGGAGGAGGAGAUGGAAAUGAAGGAGGGGGGUGCAGAGGAGGGGGAGGGGGAGGGGGAGGGAGUGGAGGGCGAGAUAGUGGAGGAGGGUGAGGGAGAGGAGGGAGAGAUAGAGGAGGAGGGUGAGGGGGAUGAGGAGGGAGAGAUAGAGGAGAAGGGGGGAGGAGAGGAGGAAGGUGAGGGAGAGGAAGAGGGGAAGGAAAAGGAGGAGGGCGAGGAAGAGGAGGAGGGCAUGGGAGAGGCGGAGAGUGAAGGAGAGGAGGAGGGUGAGGAGGGUGGAGCAGGGAGUGAGGAUGAGGGAGUAGAUGAAGGGGAGGAGGAGGAAGGUGAGGGGAGUGAGGAGGAGGAGGAGGAUGUGGAGGAAGGUGAGGAAGAAGGGGAGGAAGAGGAGGCAACAGGGGAGGGGAAAGAGGAAGAGGAGGAGGAGGAGGGGGAGGAGGAGGAGGAGGAGGAGGAGGAGGAGGAGGAGGAGGAGGAGGAGGAGGAGGAGGAGGAGGAGGAGGAAGGGGAGGAGGAGGAAGGGGAAGGCAAGGGGAGUGAUAAGCGCACAAGAAAAGGGCCAGACGUGCCUUCGUGGGACAGUCUAUUUGCUUUGGCUGCUGGGGAGGGGCUUGGUGCUGGGGAGGGCAAGGAGAAAGAUGAUGGCAGGAAGGGCUCUGAGAAAGAUGGUGGUAGCAGUGGCGGGGGAGGGAAGAGGAAAGGGUCACUGGAGGGGCCUAAAGCCAGAGGGGCGGGUGAUAUGGAGAAGCUUCUGAUGGACAUGGGAGGAAGCUUCCUCAAGUCGGAGGCGGAGGAGGGGAAGUGGAAUCGCAAGAAGAGUGAGCUACGGCAUGAGUUGAAGCGACAGCAAAAGUUUGCUCUGAGGAAGAUAAUGAAGUGA